GUGGUGGUUUAAUUGUGAAACUUUUUCGUCGAACAGGAACACUGGAGAAGAACCUUGGAGAAGUUGGUGCUGUACAAGCGCAAUUUCAGAAACUAAAUUUACCACGUAGGACGCAAAUUUACGUUGAUCAAACAAUUCGUGAACGUGAACAUGCGCAACUGAUGCAUCAGGUUUUCCAAAGAGACUUAUUCAUGUUACGAUUAGCAGUUACUAAAGCAUUUGCAAAUUUGACGCAAAAUUCGCUAAAUUCAAUUUCAACCAAAAAAAAUGAGGCGGUGGAAAUAUCGGUGGAAAUUAAUGGUUUUGGACCAAUUUUUCGGAUGAUUAUCAAACUUCAAGCUGCCUCUCAACUGCCUCUUCAGCAUCUUUAUUUGAUGUUUCACUACAAUCAGGAAUUUUAUGAAUUUGAGGAAUCAUUGAUUCCGAUUCCGGCAUUGGUAUCAGGGGUGACGUAUGUGUUUCAUGUCAUCGUACGUUGUUUAAAUCCAGAAAAAGGUAUAUCGGAUGAUGUGCGGAUAAUUCUGGUUGAUCACUGUAAGAUAAUUGUUACUGCAUUAGUUACUAUGCCUGUUAGUGAAAUGAGUUUAUUAGAUUAA